GCUUUGCAUGCACCCAAAUGGCCUUUCUCUUUCUCUCUUUAUUUUCUUUCCUUUUGUCCCUACAAAGCAGUGUCCAGCUGCAAUGUGCCCCAAAAAAGGUUCAGGCGGCGAUUGGAGGUAGUUUUACGCUGGUCUGCAAUUAUGAAACAAAACCGUUUCUGUUCUCUAAGAAGUACUGGUGUCUUGGGGAGUCCAGGUCUACGUGUGAAAUCCUUAUGGACACAGAUGGCUUCACCAAAAGAGAGCUGAAGGGUCGGAUUCAGAUACAUGAUGCAAGAAAAAAUGGCUUGUUUGUUGUGAUGACAGACCUUCGACUUGCAGACACGGGACACUACUGGGUCGGAAUUGAUAAAAUAUAUGCUGAUCUAAUGUCCCCUAUCAGCAUCACAGUGUCUGAAGUGGCUGUAUCUCAGCCUCGGCUGCGGUUCCUGGGCCCUUUGUCGGGGACGUGCUGGGGCCGGCCCCUCACGGUCUGGUGUGCGAGUGACCAGGGCACGAACGUACACUACGGCUGGUACAGAGCCGGGGGGGUCCAGGUCAUCCCGCAGGGGGUCACGACACACCUGCAGCUUCACUGUGGCGUCGUCAGAGACAGCGAGCAGUACUACUGCGAAGCCAGGAAUAGCGUGAGCAGCGAACGCAGCCGCUCUGUGUCUGUGCUGCUCCUUCGGCCCGCAGAGGAAGACUGCGUCUACAUCCUCACUGUUGAGGGUGAGCACCAGUAUGACUGCUGGGACAGGCUGAGGACCAGCACUGCCCUGCCUCAGGACACCACAGAAGCCAGAAGCUUUGUCAAUCAGUCAACAGCUGUCAAUCACACCGAGGAGCUCGGUGUCUUCAUAAAGGCAAGGUAUGGGAUACCGGUGUGGUACGAGGUCCUCCGCUGGCUGCUCAUGGCAUCUCUGCUGACUUCUCUGUGCCUGGUGCACAGAUGCCACAGAGGUCAAUGCCGAAGAGUCAGAGGAAUCUGCGCCAGCAGCUAGUUUUGGCCUACUGUGCAGACAAGUGUGAUUUUCCUUAGCUGUAAUUUAUGUGCAUGUUUAUUAUUGGCAAAAGAGUACCAUGUUGAAAAUUAUUACAUGCCAUCCCCUUGGUGAUAAUUAAAUAAUGUAUUUUGAGUGUUUGCAUACAUUUA